CGCCGCUUCCGCCCCGCAUUCGUUACCCCCGCCGGGAAAACCCAACAACAUGGACGCGACGCGGCCGCCCGCGGCGGCGGCGACGACGGCGACGGCGGUGGCAGGGAAGCUGGUGGUGGUGGGCGGCGGCAUCGCGGGCGUCACGUGUGCGGAGCAGCUGGCUGUUAAUUUUCCAUCAGAAGAGAUUCUCCUGAUCACAGCUUCUCCUGUCAUUAAAGCAGUUACAAAUUUCAAGCAGGUUUCGAAAAUACUGGAAGAGUUUGACGUGGAAGAACAGCCCAGUGCCACGCUGGAAAAGCGCUUUCCCAACAUCACGAUCGUGGAGUCAGCAGUGAAGGAGCUGAAGAGCGAGGAACGCUGUGUCCUCACAGAAGAUGGCGGGCGGCACGCGUACAAGAAACUCUGCCUGUGUGCAGGAGCCAAGCCAAAGCUGAUCUGCGAGGGAAACCCCUACGUGUUAGGAAUCCGGGACACGGACAGCGCGCAGCAAUUUCAGAAGCGGCUCACUAACGCCAAGAGAAUCGUGGUUGUGGGGAACGGUGGUAUUGCGCUGGAGUUAGUGUACGAAGUGGAAGGCUGCGAGAUCAUUUGGGUCAUUAAAGACAAAGCCAUUGGCAAUACGUUCUUCGACAGCGGAGCAGCCGAAUUCUUGACUUCCAAGCUCCGUUCUGGGAAGCCAGAGGCGAAGCUUGUGCAGAAACGAACCAGAUACACAACUGAAGGGACUGGAAAGAAAGCACACAAGAAAGCCAUCGCCGAUAAUACAGGCAGCGCCCUGGGACCCGACUGGCACGAAGGUCUGGCCCUUAAAGGAACAAGAGAGGGCUCCCGGGACGUGCACAUCGAGACGCUGUGCGAGGUGCAGCAGAUCUCCCUGCAGGAAGAGUUGCGAGCCACGGGCAAAAAGCCCUUGCCUUUCCCAGGAGCAAAGUGCGCAGACGCAGAUGCGUGGCCCGUGUACGUGGAGCUGACCAAUGGGAAGAUCUACGGCUGCGACUUCAUCAUCAGCGCCACCGGCGUCCUUCCCAACACCGAGCCCUUCCUCCGGGGGAACAAGUUUGCCCUAGGAGAAGAUGGCGGCCUGAGAGUGGACGAGCGCAUGCGCACAUCCCUUCCCGACGUCUACGCCGCGGGUGACAUCUGCACGGCAUCGUGGCCGCCCAGCCCAGUUUGGCAGCAGAUGAGGCUGUGGACCCAGGCAAGGCAGAUGGGCUGGUACGCAGCCAAGUGCAUCGCUGCGGGCAUUCUGGGAGACCCCAUUGACAUGGAUUUCAGCUUCGAGCUCUUUGCACACGUAACCAAGUUUUUCAACUAUAAGGUGGUACUCUUGGGAAAAUACAAUGCUCAAGGCCUGGGCACAGACCAUGAAUUACUGCUCCGAUGCACGCAGGGCCUGGAGUAUGUGAAAGCCGUCCUGCAGAACGGGCGGCUGGUGGGCGCCGUGCUCAUUGGGGAAACGGACUUAGAGGAAACAUUUGAAAAUCUGAUUUUAAACCAAAUGGAUCUGUCGCCCUACGGAGAAGAUCUCCUCGAUCCCAACAUUGACAUCGAAGAUUAUUUUGACUAGCCUGGGGAGUGUCUUGAAGAACCACAGCAAGUCACAAACGAGGAAGAAAAUCGCCCACCAGAGCGAGGCAGGUUCUGCUGUCAUGACAGCCAUCUUGAAGCCAUCAAUGCAAAACUGAUGACUUAGCUGCAUAAUAUUAAAAGGCAACUCAAGAUAAAAUCAGCUUAAAUAAUUUAUUGGACAAUAGCUUGUUCUAAUUCUAAAAAACUGACCACUAACGUAAAGAAAGCUUCCAUCACCCAUUUUUGUUUGCACCUCAAAUUUCACUUCAGAUUUAGUUCAAGUGAAUUUCACUUCACCAAAAAGCACUCAGCACAGAUCCACUCGGACUGUGAAGCAGCAGAACCAAGCUUUUUGAAAGCUUUGACUUUUACUGGAGUACCUUGUUAAUAUUAUUCAUAAUGAUGCCUUAUUUGUCUUUGAAUUAUAGCUGUGUUUGAUCACCUGACCGUAUCUACAUUAUUCAGUUUCAUAUGCGACUCACUUGUAGUGAUGAGUCUACGUCGGCAUCAUGUUGCUGUCAGAAGACAGCUGGCCGUCAAGGACUCACGCCUGUAAGCCCAG